CCCGGUCUACCCGGCCGGAGGCCAAACCCAUGGUUCCCGUGGCGACGCCCUGAGGUGGAGGCGCGGCGGGAGGUGCACGCCACGCGCGCACGCGGUCUCUCAGGGCCUCGCCGGCCCCUGCGGCCUCCCUCCCGGACGGGGUCCGGGUCCGAGCUCCCCGGGGCAGAACGGGCCAGGAGUGGUUUUCGGCGAGGUUGGAGCCCCUCCGGACGCAAGGAGCUGCCCUCCCGCGGGCCCCGCUAGCGAACGUGCGCAGGAGCCCGAGGCUUGUUCGGGCGAUUCUCUCGAAGGCCGAGUCUUCUGCUGUGUUGUCUUGCCCAAGUCCAGAACGUUCUUGGUUAAAUUUCUUCAACCCCCAUUGAGUGACACAGAUUAGAAAGGGACCUCGGGGUCCAGCCAGCUGUAUACAGACUUCAAUGAAUCCUUCUUCCGCUUCCAAAUGUCACUCCAUGGAUUCCUUUGGGCAACCCAGACCAGAAGAUAACCAGUCAGUAGUUAGCAGAAUGCAAAAGAAAUACUGGAAAACUAAACAAGUCUUUAUCAAAGCAACAGGAAAAAAGGAGGAUGAGCACGUGGUGGCAUCUGAUGCUGAACUGGAUGCUAAACUCGAGGUUUUUCACUCCAUUCAAGAGACAUGCGCUGAACUUCUGAAGAUAGUUGAGAAAUAUCAGCUAAGACUCAAUGUUAUAUCAGAGGAAGAAAAUGAACUAGGACUCUUUUUAAAGUUUCAAGCAGAACGGGAUCCAACACAAGCUGGUAAAAUGAUGGAUGCUACUGGCAAGGCACUCUGUUCUUCAGCCAAGCAGAGAUUGGCCCUGUAUACUCCUCUGUCUCGUCUUAAGCAAGAAGUAGCAACAUUCAGUCAAAGGGCGGUAUCUGAUACCUUGAUGACGAUCAAUCGGAUGGAACAGGCACGCACGGAAUACAGAGGAGCCCUGCUGUGGAUGAAGGAUGUGUCCCAAGAGCUGGACCCAGAUACCCUAAAACAAAUGGAAAAGUUCAGAAAAGUACAGAUCCAAGUGAGAAAUAGCAAAGCUUCUUUUGACAAGUUAAAGAUGGAUGUUUGUCAGAAAGUGGAUUUACUUGGAGCUAGUCGCUGCAAUAUGUUAUCUCACUCACUCACUACCUACCAGAGGACACUGCUUGGAUUCUGGGAGAAAACAGCUCAAUUGAUGUCCCAGAUCCAUGGGGCCUGUACUGGCUUCCAUCCAUAUGAUUUUGUAGCUGUCAAGCAACUACAGGACACUCCAAGCAAGUUUACUGAAGACCACAAAGAACAAAUAGAGAACAGUUCUCUGACUGAAAACCUCAAUAAGUUAGUUUUGUCAGAUGAGGAAGUGAGCUUGGGAAAUGAACCAGUAGCCGAAGGUUACAAGGAAAAGCAUUUUCAAAUAAGAGAGUUUGAAGCACCUCAGUUUUCUCAUUCUGAAAAUGUUGUAAAAGAUUUCCCGAUAGAUUCACUGGAAGAUGAUUUUGAGAAGGAAUUCUCAUUUCUCAACAACCUCCUAAGUCCUGGUUCUUCAAGUACUGGUGAAUUUACCCCAGAAUGCCAGACUGCCUUUGGGAGCCCUGGGGCCAGCUUCACGUCACGGGAGCCUGCUGUGGGGUCAGAGCCUCUUGCUCAUUCCUCACGAUUCCUUCCUUCACAGCUUUUUGACCUUGGCCUUCAUGCUGCUGGAGCUUUUAACAGCUGGGCCUCCCAAGAGGGAUUAGAAGUUCCUCUUUCACACACUGAUAACCAGCCAGUGCCUUCACAGAGUCCAAAGAAAUCAACAAAGUCUCCCAACAAUGGUAACCAAGACAUGUCAGCCUGGUUCAGUCUCUUUGCAGACUUGGAUCCACUUGCAGACCCUGAUGCUAUUGGACACUCAGAUGAUGAACUUCUCAAUGCUUAACUGAAACUAUGUCGCCACUUCCGUGGCCUUGAGACAUCACUUUUCAACAUAUUGCCUUUGUGGAAAGGAGUUUAUAUUGUAACCCAUACACAAAAGCACCGUGUUUGUGAACCUAACAGUUUUCAGCCAACUUUAAAGAGAUGGUAAGGACUACAUUGGAAUAGAUUAAGUAUUUAUUUAAUAUCUUGGAUUUGCAGCUGUUGAUAAUAUGUGGAAAAUAUUAUGAGCCACUGAGUCUAAAAGAGAUACCAAAAUUUAUUUCAAAAUAAUAGCUAGGAAUACUUCUGUAAAUAAGGAAUUGGGCUUAUUUGGAAAGCCGUAUAUGUGUAAGUUGCCUUGCUGGCUGUGAGAAUUCUGUUAUGUGGGUGAAGACAGCAUGUAAAUUGGGUUGUGAUUUGGGGGUGGUUUUUAAAUAAAACCAUAGCAGGGGGAGUUUUCUGCUGUGGAAAGUAGCACUAGAACCAGAACAGUUUUGUCUUUAGUUAGAAAAGUAGAGUAAGAUUCGAGAGCUCAGUUUGCUUUAAUGAAAUCAGAGAAACUUGGUGCUUUUCUCCACUUGGAGGCUAAAAUGUAAUAUUACUUAGUUUUUUUUCCUUCAUAGAAAAUCAUGGACGCCCCUCAAUUCCAUUACUGAAUUUUCAUGGCAAAGUAGCAGGAUGAUGUGUUUGCUAAAUCUAUCUUCUGCAGAAACUCAUAAACCCAUCUCCUAAUCCCAAGAAUGGCCAGUAAUAUUCAAGACAUUGUACAGGUGUCUUCAGCCUGGUUUCUCACACGUUGCUACCACAAUGUAAAGUACUCACAUUCUUUCUGAAAAGAAAGCAAGGGAAGGACGAUCCCUAAGCAACUGGCAAUAGUAUUCCUGAAAUUACCCAGAAACUUCUAUCUGAAUGAGGGAAAAAUUCUAAGCUUAUUCUUGUACAUAUUUGUAUACUUAUUACCUAUUUCUUGACAUGAUUUAAUCCAGAUUUGUUUUCUGGCAGUCACAGAAGGCUCUACAUGACCAAUCAGAAAGGGUCUUAUUUUUCCACUUUUCCCUUUCUGUGGGUGACACCUUCUAGGCUCUAUUUGAUUACUGAGGAAAAAUGGUUACCCUUACUGGAGGGAAGUUAGUCUAAGCCAGUGAACUCAUAGCCGCUGGAUAUACAUAUCACUUAAUUUCCUGUUCUUUUUUCUUGCCCAGCCUUCGGCUUUGAGGCAGUUCUCCAGGUGUCUUAUUUUUAUCUUCCAGUCCAUUACAUCUCCAUAAGGGAACAUUUUACCUAAAGUGUUCACAAUAGUUUCCAUGUGCUCCUAGUUUUAAACAAACAGGCUUAUUUAUUGUUUACAAGAGAAUGGCUUGUAAUGUCCAAGUCACUGUAAAUAGAACAUUGUUUGGAAAUGCA